AUGAAGUUAUGGUCACCAUCAAAGCAUGAUGUUGUUUGUCAUAGACAUUUUAGAAGUACAGACUUCACAACAACCCAGAAAAGUGAACGCAAGCGUUUAAAGAAUGGGACUGUGCCUUCUAUAUUUUUGGAGAGGGCAUCAUGUAGUUCUGUUAACAGUUCACACUUGAAAGAAAAAAGACAGGAAAGGGCAGAUAAAAGACGUGCAAAAAAGUUCAGUGUAUGUACUCCUUCAAGCUCGGCCACAGUGCUUGUACCAGAUAUUCAGCAGGAAAUAGAGGUAUCUACUGAAACUGUCCAUGAUGAGCCAUUGACUGCAAUGACAGUUAAUACUGCCAUUCAGUGCAAUCUGUUAACGAACAGUGAUGGAACAUUUUCUGCACGCAAAUUCAAGGAAAACCCGUCAGCUAUUAGAUAUUAUACAGGAUUUGAUGACUACGAACAUUUUAUGAUGUUCUUUACAGUUUUGGGACCAGCCGUUGCCCAUUUAAAUAGGAAUUACAAGUUAGAGCCCUGUGAUCAGCUUUUCCUGACAAUGAUAAAAAUGCGUCAAAACAAAGACGACUAUGAACUUGGACUUCUUUUUGAUCUAAGUAAAUCAGUGAUUUCACGCAUAGUAAAUACAUGGAUUAACUUCAUGUACUUCCAGCUUAAAGAAAUCAACUGGUGGCCACGUAGGUCUGAGACAUCAGCAUACAUGCCUGAAGAUUCCAAAAGAAAAUUUCCGAGUACCAGGGUUAUUUUAGAUGCAACAGAAAUACCCAUUGAAAAAACCUUCAAAUGUUGA